GGAACUCUUGCGACGUUCAGAUUCGAUCUUCCACGCAACGCAUUCAUUCGCUCAAUUCUAUAAGAAUAUAAAUUCCCUUAGAAAAGAAAGAUUUUCAAUUGACAAUUAUUCUUCUGUUCAUACAGACUGAGAUUUAUUUUAUCGUGCACACGUUAAGUAACAGAAAAGAAGCUUUGUGAUUAGGGGAGGGAUGGGCCGUUAAGAUGGAUCAAGCGACAGGUAUUAGGAAGAGAAAGGCAGAAACACAAGACAAUGAACGACUCUCCAAACGGCUGAGCUUGCUUAAUCUUGAGCGCAAUGGCCAGAAACUCUACGUUCCAGUUGAGCAACCCACCUUAAGCUCAGAUCUACCGACCACCAGCUCUACAUUUACUGCCAGCAAUCAUAAACCCGUAAAACCAAAAAGGACACAACAGCAAGAUGCAGAUGAUGUGAUGCAACUGGACGACUCCAAACACAAAGUCUAUAUCUACAAUCUUGACGACGAGCUAUCAGACAGUGACGCCUCCGAUGAUGGACGGCUAAUAUUUCUCCCCGACAUAUCCAAACAUCUGCGAGAGACACGAAUUCCACCUCAAAUUCUCGCCAACAAAGAUGGACAGUUAGCCGGUAUGAACAAUCAACUCAUCUUAUACGAUACAGCUGUUCCGAGAAAUCACAGUGUGCCCGAGGAACAAGAUUUGGUGCGGAAGGCAUUCCUGGAGGCGAGGGAGAAGGCUAGAGCUAAGUGGGACGAAAAGGCAAGGCUGGAGGAGAGAGGGGCAGAUGGAACGGUGGGUGAAGUUGUACAAGAUCGUGCCUAUACAAAUAGUAUUAUUGGAGAGGAUGCUGACAUAGAAGACAUGAGUGUGGAGGCUAUACAAGAUGAUUCUGAUGCUAUGGACCUCGGAUAGUGUCCAAUGCUUCACUUAGUGGUGUGUAAGACUAUGUAAUGAGUAAUAAUAUGUUUGA